AGUGGCCAUGGCGCUGGCUGUCCUGCGCGUCCUGGAGCCCUUCCCGACUGAGACGCCGCCGCUGGCGGUGCUGCUGCCGCCCGGGGGUCCGUGGCCUGCCACGGGGCUGGGCCUAGUGCUGGCGCUGCGGCCGGCGGGCGAAAGCCCUGCGGGGCCCGCGCUGCUCGUUGCGGCCCUCGAAGGCCCGGACUCCCGGAGCGAGCAGCGAGGGCCCGGGCCUCCGCAGCUGCUGGUGAGCCGCGCCUUACUGCGGCUCCUGGCGCUCGGCCCCGGGGCGCGAGUUCGAGCGCGGCCUGUGCGGCGGCCUCCGGCGCUGGGCUGGGCGCUGCUCGGCACGUCGCCCGGGCCCGGCCUCGGGCCCCGAGUCGGGCCGCUGCUGGUGCGCCGCGGGGAGACCCUGCCCGCGCCCGGUUCGCGAGUGCUGGAGACGCGACCGGCCUUGCAAGGGCUGCUGGGCCCAGGGACGCGGCUGGCUGUAACGGAGCUCCGCGGCCGGGCCAGACUGGGCCCUGAGAGUACGGCCCAGAGCCGGCCCCCGCCCCCGCCCGUGGUGUCCUCCUUCGCCGUCUCCCACGCCGUCCGGCAACUUCAAGGGGUCCUGGGAGGGGCUGGAGAGGCACUGGGUGUGACCCGGGGCUGUCUCCGGGGUCUCGGACUGUUCCAGGGCGAAUGGGUGUGGGUGGCCCGGGUGGGAGAGCCACCAAACACAUCCCAGCCGCAUUUGGCUAAAGUACAGGUCCUAGAACCACGCUGGGACCUGGCCGAGAGACUGGGACCCAGCUCUGGGCAGCUGGCAGAGCCACUCGCUGACGGACUGGUGUUUGUGCCUGCUACUUUGGCUUUUAAUCUCGGCUGUGACCCCCUGGAAGUGGGAGAGAUCAGAAUUCAGAGGUAUGUGGAAGGCUCCAUCACCCCUGAAGACAGAGGAAGCUGUUCACUGCUGUCUGGGCCUCCGUUUGCUAGAGAGUUACACAUUGAAAUUGUGUCCUCACCUCACUACAGCGCCAAUGGGAAUUAUGACCAUGUUCUUUACCGGCAUUUUCAUACACCCAGGGUGGUCCAGGAAGGGGAUGUUCUGUGCAUACCAACGGCUGGGCAAGCUGAGAUUCUGGAAGGAAGCCUGGAGAAACUGCCCAGGUGGCGGGAGGUGUUUUUUAAAGUGAAGAAAACCGUUGGGGAAGCCCCAGAUGGGCCAGCCCGUGCCUUCCUGGCAGAUACCACCCACACCUCUUUAUACAUGACAGGUUCUGCCCUGAGUCGUGUUCCACUUCUGCUUUCAAGAAGGUCCACUCCCUGGGACAGCCUGUCCCCUCCAGGCCUGGAGGCCUUGGUGAGCGAGCUCUGUGCUGUCCUGAAGCCUCGCCUGCAGCCUGGAGGAGCCUUGCUCACGGGAACCGGCUGCGUGCUUCUCCGGGGCCCUCCCAGCAGUGGGAAGACCACAGCAGUCACAGCUGCAUGUAGCCGCCUUGGGCUCCAUUUGCUGAAGGUGCCCUGCUGCAGCCUCUGCGCAGACAGUAGUGCUGCUGUGGAGACAAAGCUGCAGGCCGCCUUCUCCCGGGCGCGCCGCUGCAGGCCCGGAGUCCUGCUGCUGACAGCUGUGGACCUUCUGGGCCGGGGCCGAGACGGGCUGGAUGAGGACGCUCGAGUGGUGGCCACGCUGCGUCACCUCCUCCUUGAUGAGGACCCCCUCAGCAGCUGCCCCCCUCUGAUGGUGGUGGCCACCACGAGUCGUGCCCAGGACCUGCCCGCCGAUGUGCAUACAGCAUUUCCUCAUGAGCUGGAGGUGCCGGUGCUGUCCCAGGAGCAGCGACUCAGUGUCCUGCAGGCCCUCACUGCCCGGCUCCCCUUGGGCCAGGAGGUGGCCCUGUCACAGCUGGCAUGGCGCUGCGCGGGCUUCGUGGUAGGGGACCUUUACGCCCUUGUGACCCACACUAGCCGCUUAGCGUGUGCCAGGAUCAGAGCCUCCGGUCCGGCAGGUGGCUUGAGUGAGGAGGAUGAGGGGGAGCUGUGUGCGGCUGGCUUUCCCCUCCUGGCCGAGGACUUUGGGCAAGCCUUAGAUCACCUGCAAACAGCUCACUCUCAAGCUGUGGGCGCACCCAAGAUCCCUUCAGUGUCCUGGCAUGACGUGGGUGGGCUGCAGGAUGUGAAGAAGGAGAUCCUGGAGACCAUCCAGCUGCCUCUGGAACAUCCUGAGCUGCUAAGCCUGGGCCUGAGGCGGUCAGGCCUUCUACUCCAUGGGCCUCCAGGCACUGGCAAGACCCUGUUGGCCAAGGCAGUAGCCACUGAGUGCAGCCUCGCCUUCCUCAGCGUAAAGGGACCAGAGCUCAUCAACAUGUAUGUGGGCCAAAGUGAGGAGAAUGUGCGGGAAGUAUUCGCCAGGGCCAGGGCCGCUGCUCCGUGUAUCAUCUUCUUUGAUGAACUAGACUCCUUAGCGCCAAGCCGGGGUCGAAGUGGAGAUUCUGGAGGUGUGAUGGACAGGGUGGUAUCUCAGCUCUUGGCUGAGCUAGAUGGCCUUCACAGCACUCAGGAUGUGUUUGUGAUCGGAGCCACUAACAGACCAGACCUCCUGGAUCCUGCCCUUCUGCGACCUGGCAGAUUCGACAAGCUGGUGUUUGUAGGGGCAAGCGAGGACCGCGCUUCCCAGCUGCGUGUUCUGACUGCCAUCACACGCAAGUUCAAGCUGGAGGCCUCUGUGAGCCUGGUGAACGUGCUGGACCGCUGCCCGCCCCAGCUGACAGGUGCAGACCUCUAUUCCCUCUGCUCUGACGCCAUGACAGCUGCCCUCAAACGCAGGGUUCGAGACCUAGAGGAAGGGCUAGAGCCGGGGAGCUCAGCACUGCUGCUGACCAUGGAGGACCUGUUGCAGGCCGCAGCCAGGCUGCAGCCUUCAGUCAGCGAGCAGGAGUUGCUCCGAUACAAGCGCAUCCAGCGCAAGUUUGCCGCCUGCUAGGCGCUACCUGCCAUCUUUGCCUGCAUCUGCCCACGUUGCUGAAAGUACCUGCUGUCAUGUCCUGAACCUGCCUUCCUCCAGGAGAUCCCUGGUGAGCCAUAGUGGGAAGCCCUUGUGCUCAGGAGAGCCAGCCCUGGCAGCCUGGGAGCUUGGCAGCCUGGGCAGUUGGUGUGGAAGCACCAGUUCUAACAGAAAAUAAAGUCUGUA